UACGUAUACAUUAUUUAUGUUGUGCAGGAACAUUACUACUGCUUUAAAGCUUUCUAACUAUAAGUACAUUCCAAGCAGUAAUAUAAAAUAUAAGCAAGUUAUGAGAAUAUUAACACAUGACUUAAAGGUUAGCACCCUUAAUUAAUCUAUUAAUAUUAAUUUAAAUAUCGGUCGUGUUACUUAAUUCUACCAAAAUUGGUAGAAAACUGGUUAUAGUAGGCGUGCAUAAUCUACCAUCUACCCACGUCACGCGUCUCGAUCUCGAACAAACUUUUGGAGUUCGCGUUCGCUUCGCUCCUACCUAUCCGAGUAUCCGAAUCAGUGUUGCCAGGCGUAUUAUAAUUAUCGUACAUGUACCAUAAUUUGGGUUCCGGUACGAUGUACGUUCCAAAGAGCAUUAUCGUACCCAAAAGUACGAUAAUUUCAGCCCUUGGACGAUGUCACCCAAAAAAUCUAGUAUUUGAAACAAAAUAUGACACUUUCCCCCAGAAAUAGGCUAAAAUUAGCAAAUUUCCUAUAAACCGUUUGGCGCUGUCACAAAAAUGCACAAAUAUAGAACUGAUUUUUGCGCAAUUUAGACGUACAUUAUAUUUCCUUCGAUUAUAUAUUGGAAAUUUAAGCUUAUUUUGCAAGACAUUUUUGGAGUACUGCCCUUUUGAUAGGCGUGCGAUAAUUUUUUCAACGGUACUAUAAUUUUCACACUCAAAUACGUUAAUUCUCUUCCGCGCACCUAGCAACACUGAUCCGAAUAAUCCGACUCGCUCCGUCGCUCGACUCGACAAUACGACAGUCCACAAUGAACGUCGGAGGGUGAUGUAGUGCUGCCGGACAAAACUUACGAAAAUAAUUGUGGUUCACGUACUUUUUCGUGUUACCAAGUAAAAGUUGAGUUGUGUUUGUUAACUUCAUCAUGUUUUAGUAGAUCAGAUGUGUCCGGAUUGGCGUAGUGUUUAAGUUACUUUGUGUUUUGUUUGUUAUUUAUCAUGAAGUUGGACACGGGAGUUGGUAGGCGUCGCGGCCGCAGCCUGCUCGGCAGCCUCGCAGGAUUCAGCCUCCUGCUAUGGGUCGGAGUUCAGGCCGCGACCCCGCUCGGCCCCUCCGAGAGACCCGAGGCCUAUUUCAACGGCAGCUCCUACAUACGGCUCUCGAGGCCUAUAUCGCUCAAGCAACUCGUCGGCCUCAACUUUCGGACUUGUGUCGGAGGAGAGCUGUUCUCCCAACGUUUCGCCGGCUACACUCUCCACGUGACCGCGCUCCUGAAGCAGGUCGUGGUGUCCUGGGUUAGGCCAGGACAGCAGCAGCGCGAGCAGGCUAUGAACAGGAGCACUCUAGACAACAAGUGGCACUGGGUCGCUCUCAACUACCAGGCCAACCCGCCUUCGCUGCAUCUCGAGGUCGACAGGGAGUCCAAGGUGAUAUCUAACCGCACGUUGAACCCGUCGCUGCUGUCCCCCGGCAACCUGCAGGCGGACGGCGCCGAGGUGCUGGUCGGCAACGUGUUCGUCGGUUGCAUUCACGAGGGCCCGCAGCUGGAGUUCCACGCCAGCGCCCAGCUGAGGAACGUGGAGUUUGGGGAAUGCCCCCUCACGAACAACUGCACCGUGCGACAAGAAGACGUGCAACAGCACUUGCCCCGGGACCGCUGCUACAACGAGCCUUGCAUGCGGCAUGGGACCUGCAUCUCCAGACUUGACAACUACGAGUGCAUCUGCUCAGCGCGGUACACCGGCAAGAACUGCGAAGUGGACACGGGGGACCCGUGCGCCUCCGGCCCCUGCCAGCACGCGGGCCGGUGCGUCGAGGACGCGCGCGGCGACUACCAGUGCGUCUGCGACCCGCGGUACCAUGGAGUGCAUUGCGAGCUGGAGGUGUCCGAGGACCCGCUGUGCGUGGCCGGGCCGUGUCGCAACAACGGCAGCUGCAGCGUGCCGCCCACCGCCGACACCUACGUCUGCUCCUGCCCCCCUGGAUACACCGGCCGAAACUGCGAGACUGAUGUCGACGAGUGCGCCUCCUCGGGCGCCAGCGUGGCCUGCCUCAACGGAGGCCGCUGCGUCGACGCGGUCAACAACUUUACUUGCGACUGCUCUGGUACCGGUUACACGGGGCCUCGUUGCGAGUCCAACGUGAACGAGUGCCUGGAGGAGCGGGACAUAUGCGGCCACAACGGGCUGUGUUACGACACGUACGGCGGGUUCGUGUGCGUCUGCCAGCCGGGGUACACGGGCGAGCGCUGCCACAGGAUGGCCCCGUCGCCAUGCACGUCCAACCCUUGCGGCGCCGGCGGCGAGUGCAUCGAGGACGGCCCCCUGGACUUCCACUGCAAGUGCCGCCGCGGCUGGGCGCCGCCGCUCUGCGCCACCCCGCUGCCGGCCAGCUGCGACGUCACGUGUCCGCCGCGCUCGCACUGCAAGGACACAGGUACGGAAGGUGGAGGUGUGCCAGCGAUGGUUACCGGCGUAAUGAUCCAGAAGCAAGUGAUGUGCGUUUGCGAUUUAGGAUACUACGGCGCUCCAGGGUUGUCACCGAACUGCACGACCCUCGAACUAGCCUGCGAGUCAGGGGUGUGCCAAAACGGCGCCACCUGCAGCCUCGGCACCGACCAUUUCAACUGCACCUGCGCCCCAGGAUAUAAAGGGGCCUAUUGCGAGCUGGCCGCUGCGAAGGCUCUCUCGGACCUGAAGGCGGCGCCGGAGCGGUGCUCGGCCCAACCUUGCGCUCACGCUGACUCGUGCCAGGACACGCCGAUGGGAUUCCGCUGCUCCUGCCUCCAGGGCUGGUCGGGCGUGCGCUGCGACGUGCCCGACACGUGCUCCCCACCGUGCCUGAACGGCGGCGUCUGCGAGGACGGGGCGUGCACGUGCCGCGUCGGGUACGAGGGCGCCGCGUGCGAGCUGCCCGACUGUCGAGCGGCGGGCUGUCCACACCAACAGGAAUGCGUUGAACAAAACGGCACGUGGCGUUGUAUCACGCCAGUGGACCAAUCAGCGUGCACCCCUCACCCGUGCAACAACGGUACCUGCGUGCCAUUGGACGGCGGUGGCUUCGUGUGUCAGUGCGGCGCCGGCAUCAAUGGUGAGUGUGUCGCAUCACACCUGUGGACCAAUCAGCGUGCACCCCUCACCCGUGCUACAACGGUACCUGCGUGCCAUUGGACGGCGGUGGCUUCGUGUGUCAGUGCGGCGCCGGCAUCAAUGUGCGGCGCCGGCAUCAAUGGUGAGUGUCGCAUCACACCUGUGGACCAAUCAGCGUGCACCCCUCACCCGUGCAACAACGGUACCUGCGUGCCAUUGGACGGCGGUGGCUUCAAGUGUCAGUGCGGCGCCGGCAUCAAUGGUGAGUGUCGCAUCACACCUGUGGACCAAUCAGCGUGCACCCCUCACCCGUGCAACAACGGUACCUGCGUGCCAUUGGACGGCGGUGGCUUCGUGUGUCAGUGCGGCGCCGGCAUCAAUGUGUGUCGCAUCACACCUGUGGACCAAUCAGCGUGCACCCCUCACCCGUGCAACAACGGUACCUGCGUGCCAUUGGACGGCGGUGGCUUCGUGUGUCAGUGCGGCGCCGGCAUCAAUGGUGAGUGUCGCAUCACACCUGUGGACCAAUCAGCGUGCACCCCUCACCCGUGCAACAACGGUACCUGCGUGCCAUUGGACGGCGGUGGCUUCGUGUGUCAGUGCGGCGCCGGCAUCAAUGGCAAGUUCUGCGAUGUGGACAUCGACGAAUGCGCGGUCAAGCCGAAGAUAUGCAACAACGGGGUGUGCGUCAACUCGCCUGGUUCCUACCAGUGCUAUUGCAGGCCAGGGUAUACUGGUGAAAGCUGCGAGCAAGAUAUUAAUGAGUGCCUCUCCGCGCCUUGUAAGAACGGAGGCGUGUGCCACGACCUCGAGAAUAACUUCGAGUGCACGUGCAAGGAGGGCUACAAAGGCAAAGACUGCUCAACAGAUAUCAACGAGUGCGACUCCUCGCCUUGCGCAGAAGGCUCCACUUGCGUGGAUGGCGUAGCGAGCUAUUCCUGCGUAUGCCAAGAUGGUCUCACUGGGCCGACUUGCGACGUGAACAUUGAUGACUGCGAAUCCCAACCCUGUCAGCAUGGCGGCCGCUGCAUCGACGGCCUAAACACAUACACCUGCGACUGCAGUAACACCGGGUACGCCGGCGUCCACUGCGCGGUCAACAUCGACGAGUGCGCCUCGCAGCCGUGCGAGAACGGCGCCACCUGCCGCGACCUGGUCUCCGACUACCGCUGCGAGUGCCACCAGGGGUACACCGGUAAAAACUGUGACGUGGACAUCCAAGAAUGUGCAAGCAACCCGUGCAAGUACGACGGCAUAUGCGUGGAGCACAGCAACACCAGUCUUUACCAGCCGGCAGACGGGCCCCCUGUACAACUCGGCCCGCAACCGCACAUGGUGCUACCGGAUGUGUUCUACAGACCAUUCUCGCCUGAAAACGCUCAUGGGUACGAAUGCAUAUGCGUGUUCGGCACGACGGGGUCCCGCUGCGAGGUGAACAUCGACGAGUGCGCGGCGAGCCCGUGCCGGCACGGCAAGUGCGUGGACGGCGUGGGCGCGUACACGUGCGAGUGCCUGCCCGGCUACGAGGGCGAGCACUGCGAGGUCGACAUCAACGAGUGCAACAUAUACGACCCUUGCGGCAUCCACGGGCGCUGCUACGACGGCCGGGCGACCUACUACUGCGCCUGCGACCCCGGCUGGGGCGGACGCAACUGCUCAGUUGUUCUAGAAGGUUGCCGCCAACAACCGUGCCGCAACAAUGGCACCUGCUUGCCGUGGCUGCGGCACGAGACUGAACACCGCUUCAACUGCAGCUGCACCCCGGGCCAUCACGGACGCACCUGCGAGAAGAUUACGACUAUGUCCCUGGAAAAACGGAGCUACGCCGAAAUCAACACGACCCGCGAAGAAGGCUACGAUAUCUCCUUCCGCUUCAAGACGACUCUAGGCAACGGUCUGCUGGCCAUGGGGCGGGGGCUCACGUACUUCUUCCUGGAGCUGUCCAACGGCAGGCUGAAUCUGCACUCCUCGCUGCUCAACAAGUGGGAGGGGGUCUUUAUAGGCUCCAACCUGAACGAUAGCAACUGGCAGAAGGUGUUCGUCACAAUCAACUCCUCGCACCUCGUGCUCGCCGCCAACGAGGAGCAGACCAUCUACCCUAUCAGCCAGAACGAAGCCUACAACUCCUCAGUGACAUCGUUCCCGACCACCCGCCUCGGUACCGCCGGGUCCUCGUACGCCACUGUGACGCACGGACCGAACUUCUUCGUGGGCUGCUUCCAGGACGUCGUCGUCAACAACCAAUGGGUGCUCCCGGAAGACUCGAACGCCACGGCCUCGGAGCCGGAGCCGGAGGAGCCGGACACGGUGGUGCGCGCGCAGCUGCACGGCGUGCUGGCGUCGUGCCCGCGCCGGGAGCAGUGCUCGCCGAACCCGUGCCGCACCGGCGCCUGCGAGGACGCCUGGAGCUCGUUCGUGUGCACGUGCCCAAGGCCGCACCUCGGCGACACGUGCCAGUACAAUUACACGGCCGCGACGUUCGGCCAAGAGUCGGCCACGCCGCACUCGGUGGUGACGGUGGCCGUGCGCGAGGGCGCGCGCCGCGCCGUGCACGCCGCGCUCGACAUAUCCAUGUUCGUACGCACACGCAAGCCCACCGGACAGAUAUUCUACCUGGGCUCCGUGCCGAGGUACGGCCAAACCGAGGAGACGUUGGUGGGCGCGUCGCUUAAAGGCGGCGAACUGCUGGUCCACCUGCGCUUCAACCAGACCCCGGAGGACUACACGGUGGGGGGCACCAGGCUCGACAACGGGAACCUGCAUCUUAUACAGGUUGUAAGAAACUCAACCUUGGUGCAAGUGAAACUGAACGGGACGGAAUACUUUAGGAAAUCCAUUUCGGCUGCGAAACAGCUGGAUGCUCAGGUGCUGUACCUGGGCGGGCCGCCCCCGCCCCCGCCCGAGGCCAGCUCGCCCGCGCCCUCACCCGCGCCCGCCCCCGCCCCCACCCCCGCGCCCGCCGCCGACCCCCUCUCCACGCCGGCGCCCCCGCGGGUGCCCACCGAUGCCGAUUACUUUAAAGGCGUCAUACAGGACGUUCAGAUCUCGAACGGCGUGAACGUGACCAUAGUGGAGUUCUUCCCGCUCCGCGUGUCCGGGCUCCGCCUGCCGCUGUCCUUCGGCGACGUGACGCUCGACCCGGCCGGCGUGCUGCCCGGCGAGGUGUCCGACGACGCCUGCGCGUCCAGCCCGUGCCUGAACAACGCCACCUGCAGCGUCACGUGGAACGACUACACGUGCUCGUGCCCGCGGGGCUACAAGGGUAAGCAGUGUGCCGAGGUGGAGUUCUGCCAGCUGCAGGCGUGCCCGCUCAACUCGCACUGCCGCAAUCUCGACGAGGGAUAUGAAUGCAUAUCCAACGCCACGUUCGACGGCGUGAACACGACGCUGGGCUACCGUCUGCGGCGGCCGCGCUCGCUGCAAGCCGUCCAGCCGCCCACCUCCAUCAACAUUACAUACAGGACGAAACUCGGCGGCACCCUCUUCAGGGCGGAGAGUAUCACGGGCCCAGACGCCUGGUUCACUGUCGGCGUGUACAAGGAGCAGGCGUCUAUGGAGUGGCGCCUCGGUGGAGCCUGGCCGGAGAAGAGGUCCAUACGGCGCUCCCUGCAGACGCACUCGCAGUGGAGCAUGCUCAAGAUAGCUGUGGCGAGAGAUAUGCUUACUGCGGCAUUCGUAGACAACACCGGGCACGAAGAGAUCACCACAACGUCGCCGAUAGACCAAGCGGCCUGGCAGCUGCUGCUGACCGACGGACGGAUCUAUCUCGGCGGCUCGGCGCCGCAGGAACACACGCUGCAGCCUGCGGUUGAAACGUCGACGGAACAAAACGUGUUUGAGUACACGGAGGGAGACGGGUUCACAACGGACAACGAGGCCGGCAAAUACUUUAAGGGCUGCAUGGGCGCUGUGUACGUGGGUUCCAUGUUGUUGCCAUUCUUCCCUGACAAGGAGCUGUACGUCGGCGAGGCGGCCGCCAAAAUCGACGCUCAGCCCCACUACGAACUGAUAAGCGGCAGGCCCUGGGGCACCGCCGACGGCGGCACCACCAUAGGCUGCGUGCUGUGCCUCGAGCAGGACUGCGCUCGAGGCGGCCGCUGCGAGGACGUCCGCUCCUCGUACGCGUGCGCGUGUCCCGCAGGUUACUCCGGUGAUUACUGCGAGACUGAUAUAAACGAGUGCUUGCAUAACAACUGCCAGAAUGGAGCAACAUGUCGUGAUCUCGUGGCCAACUACACCUGCGAAUGCCCUGAAGGAUUUACCGGACAAUUUUGCGAAACAGAUAUUGACGAGUGCGCGUCCACGCCGUGCGCGCACGGCGGCACGUGCACGGACACGCCGGGCGGCUUCGUGUGCACGUGCGCGAGCGAGUGGCGCGGCGGCCGCUGCGAGACGCCGCGCGAGCGCACGUGCGCGCACCAGCCGUGCCAGCACGGCGCCGUCUGCAGGGACGUGCCAGACGCGCCGCGAGGCAACAACUACACGUGCACGUGCUCCAGCGGGUGGGUGGGCGUGCACUGCGAGCGCGCCUUCUGCGAGCUGCAGCCCUGCGAGCACGGCGCCUGCGACGCCGACGGGGAGGUGCCGAUGUGCGCGUGCGAGCCCGGGUUCACCGGCGUGCACUGCGAGACAGAGAAGGACGAGUGCGCGGAGGGCGGCGCGCAGCGCUGCCUGCACGGCGGCACGUGCCGCCACACGCGCGGCGGGUUCCUGUGCGUGUGCCCGCCAGCCUGGACGGGCCUCCACUGCGAGGCCGACGUGAACGAGUGCGACAAGGACAGCGUGAGCUGCGGCCCCACUGGCACUUGCGUCAACCUCCCCGGCUCCUACAUAUGUCAAUGCGAGCGCGGCAAAUGCGGGCACGAGUGCGCCCUGGCCGACCCGUGCUACCCGGCCGGCAACGGCACGGGCCCGUGCGAGCACGGCGGCGCCUGCACGCAGCGCUGCAGCGACGUCGUCGACUACUCCUGCCAGUGCAUCGACGGCUGGGCCGGCAAGAACUGCUCGCAGCAGAGCGUCGCAUCAGAAUCAGAAGGCAGCGACUCGACGUCGUCCACAGUGCUGAUCGCGGUGGGCUGCGCGCUGCUGGCCGCGGCGCUGGGCGCGCUGGCGCUGGGCGCGCUGUGCGCGCAGGCGCGCCGCAAGCGCGCCACGCGCGGCACCUACAGCCCGUCGGGCCAGGAGUACUGCAACCCCAGGGCCGAGAUGAUGCACCACGCUCUCAAACCGCCUCCGGAGGAGCGCCUCAUUUAAAGGUCCGAGCCCGAGCGGCGCUCGGCCACGCCAAGUACCUGCGGGCGGUACUCCACGGCCCGGCAUCGCCCCCUGACCAAACUUUACUCAGUAUUUACUCUAUCAUAUCAUAUUUGACUUAAUCAUGCA